UAUGUCUGAAGAAAAUAUUAGUUAAAAAAAUCAAUUCGAGUUUGCUAAACAUUCCAAUGCUGUUAGAAGAUUCGAGAAUCUCGAGAAACUUAAGUUAAUUGAACGUUUAGAAACAAUGCAAAGAAUUAAAAAAUCUAAUGAUAGAUUAGAAAUUAAGAAAUUUAUGUUUCAAUUACAAUAAAGAAUGUUAGAUGAACCUAAUUAGUUUUCAAUUAUUAAAUUUUCAAUAGGUCUAAUAAAACUAAUUUCAGAGAAUGUGCCUAAAGAAGUGUAGAAAAAUUAAAGCGUGAUUCAAAACUUUCUCGUUCACCUGACUCACGUUAAACUACAGCAGCUGAUAAGUAUAUAGAAAUAAAAGAAAUUGAAGUUAAACCAUUUAAAAUGUGA